UUUUUUCCAGUUUAUGACUCAAGUUUUGACAACAACGCUGUACCAUGACAAGAUUUGAACAAUUUCAACUUUGAAAAUUAUACCUAAUUAAAGGAUCGUCCAUGUAGAAUCAGUGUUCUAAAAAGCUAUCACUAAAGCUGCCAGUUCUGCCAGGCAGCUUAAUCUUCUUAAUCACUUCUACUCUGGCAGAAAGCUUGGAUCCAGUGGUCUGCUGAGGUCUCUUCCAACCCCAGAGAUUCUGUGAUAGUGUGAGAAGGGAUCCAUGAAGAUGCUGAGUGUGGGGUCUCCAUAGCAACUACUGGGAUUCUGUGAUGCACAGGCAGCCACACCCAAAGGCCAUUGUGACAUGGUGGUGUCCUGGUGCCUUUAGGGGUCAGCAGUUCCAUGAGGAGGUAGCAGCUUCCCUGGGUGCCUGUCUCUGUGAGCGGAUACAGAGAUGGCAAAGGAGCAGGACCAGAAGGCCCACUCCCAGGCCGAGAAAGGACUGCCGAGCGUGCGGGAACAGCGCCAGGUGGGCCGCAGGCCGCAGCAAGCUGUGCUGCCAGGCAGCCAGAGCCAGGAUUCGGUUGUCCGUGGGAUCCAACUGCCACCAGUGCCCCACCCGGAGAGAUCACAAGCCUCUGGGAGCCGCCGUGCACAGGCGGACAGACCAGAGCUCAACCAGGGACUACCCAAUGGCAAUGGCUCUGGAGAAGGGAGACAGCCUCUGCCAGCCUUGCCACCUCUCCCACGGCGGGCACUGUCACUGCCAGCUGCACCCCAGAAUGCAGCCACUGCUCGGGGACGAGUUCAAACAUUGUCCACAUUGCCACCAAUAGCCUCCAGAAGUUUUCCAAGAGGCAGAGCUGCCAGUGCUGUGGGAGCUACCACCAGCAGAGUGGCUGUCCCAGGUCUUCAGGACAACCCUCAGCACCAGAGUACAGCAGCGAGGGCCAAGGGCUGGCAGGCAGAUCUAUCUGUCCCUGCACUCCCCCUCAGGCCUGCAGAGAAGACGCCCAAGUCCCUCAGGCUGGCAUAUCGAAUUCGUCCAGCAGCCAGAAGAUCAGGACCCUGGCUGAAACCAGCACAACAUAGACAACGUGCACCCACCAGCACUGUAAGAACACCGGCACGAAGAACCCAGGUGCUGGCCCCCAAGGCUAGGAAAGUCCCCGAGAAUGAGACACGACCUGAUGCCAGUGCUCAGGAGGACAGCGGAGAUGCUGACAGGGUCUCUACAUCACGCUCCCUGGAAGCAGAGCAGUCAGCAGAGAAGGAAGCAGAGCAGGCAGCACAGAAGGAAGCAGAGCAGGCAGCAGAGAAGGCAGCAGAGAAGGCAGCAGAGCAGGCAGCAGUGAAGGAAGCAGUGAAGGAAGCAGAGCAGGCAGCAGAGCAGGCAGCGGAUGAUGGUGCCAAAGGUGCUGGCACUUCUCAUGCCAUGCUGGAUGCCGAAGACAGCAAAGAGAGGGCCCGCUCAGCCAAGAGAAGGGACAGGUUCCUGCCCUGCUGUCUUUGCUGUUCCAUCUGCAGUUCUGUUGGGAAAGAUGAGAAAGAGGAAGGGAAAGACACCGCUGGGAGAGACACUGUGGCAGUGGCAGGCAAGGAGCCUGUGAGCACAUCAUUUCCUGGGGUAGAGGCCCUGCCUCCAGCGUCUUCAGUGCCUGGAAACCUUCAGCAUGAUGUGAGCAAGAUGCAAGUGGUGAGCAGCAGGCAUGAAAUAAGUGGAGGCAGGCUCAGGAGUGUGCACACUGUGAGGAAGUGUGGCAAGUUGAGCCCUGUCACAGCCAGGCAGCUGCCGGAGUGUGUCAGGGACUGUUGCAGGGGACAACUGGGGCACGAGGGUGCCUCACAGCGAGCAGCUCUCUGGCAGCUUGGCACGAGGGAACAGGGCUGCAGCAAUCACUGA